AUGGUCGUUCCAUGUGACUUGAAAGGUUCAUCGACCAUUACAAAAUCGAAGCGAAUACGUCGUAAUUCACGAACGAAGGUUUCAAAGAGGAAGAUUUUAAACGGUAAACCACAACGUGCAUCUAUUCGACAAGCAAAUAAUCAAGUUCAAAAGCAUACGCAUGAUAUCGACCGAUCAGAUGAUGACUUUGAAAAAGAGAAUCACCCUAACAAUGGGUUCACACAAUUCGUUCAAACGAAAAUGAUGGAUGCUAAAACACGACACGGUAAACACACAAAUAACAAAGUCAACAGACCGACAGCCAUAGAAGAUUCUCCACCGGUUUCGAGAAAACGACAGCGAACGGAUAAUGACCAUGAUGAUGAUGAUUAUAGUACAGAUAUAGUACCAACUACGAUAGGAAGAGAUCAACAACGUGAUAAUCAUGCAUUGGACACAAAUGAUGAGCAUACUCAUGUAGCUGUAACAUGUCAUCCACGUUGUGAAUCAAAAGAUCAUCAACUGCCGAUUCCAACCAACAAACGACGUCGUGGAUGUCUUUGUUCGAAGAGGCAACUCGACGAACUAGAAUUUGCUCCAGAUAGUAUUACAUCACAGGCACAACAACAGCAAAUUGAAGAGCAAGAACAACGAUGUGAUGAACAUCAAUUACAAACGACUCUAACUACCAACAAUCAGUCUCCUGCACCUCUUCUUCUUCCAUCUUCAUGUUCAAUACCACCGGUAACAUUACCGUUUCCGACUCUACCUGUUCAAUCAGUAUCAACGAUACAACCAGAAGAAACAAAUGAAGAAGAAGAAGAAAGAUCAGAAAACCAACUACAUGUUUCAUCUGUCCUAGCUGCACCUCUUUCACCAGCAAUGCCUUUGAAUGCCACAUACAUUGCUUCACAUCGGUCUAUUCCGACGAUAACUCAAAUACCACCGUCAUUACUCGCUCUAUCAACCUUAUCUAUGAACGCCACGACUAUUUCAACGAAUAUUCCGAUACAGUCAAGCACAUCGGUCGUCCAAAUGACUAAUCUCGAACCAAAACAAUCAGUCGAUCAAUCAGUAGUGGUCCAACCGCCUGUUGAAUUGACCAUCGAUCGACAAGAUCAAGAAACAUCCAUGACGCCCGAUGUUAUUGAAAAAGCACACUGUUCUAUUGCCACUCAAACUGAUGGCGAUGAAGAUUGCCAACCUACUCAUCAUCAUUGUAAUGAUGUUAGUGUGUGUCCAUGUGUUCAAAUCUAUACGCGUUCCGAACAAUUAUUCAUGGCUAGCAUGGCAAUCUUUUUCCGUAAUUCAAUUACGAUCACACCACCAGAUCCAUUUUCGACAACGAUAAGCAGUACAGUCAAGAAGAACAAUAAACGACAGUUGAGAACUCAUCAAAAUUUAUCAUCUCAAUCAACUCCAAUUAUCAACGAAAUCGAACCGCCUACUGUACAAAACAAUAACACCGGAAUGAAUGAGACAUAUGUUAUCAACAAUAAAAUUGAAUCGAUUCCUAUAAUUGAACUUGAACCACAACGAUCAUCAUCUAUUCAACGUGAUACGUCAACGGUUAUCAAUGAAACUCGUUGUGAACAUUCGAAAAAAUCAGAUGGAUCAUCGAUACAUAUCAACAUUGAAUCAAGACAAGAUGCCACCGAACAUAAAUCAUCUAGCGAUCAAGAAAAAUUUCAAUCAUUGGUGCUGACAAUGACAGCUUUGAAAGAUCCUCAAAAAAUGGAAUUCAAUCGUUUUCUUGAACGCUUUUCUGUUCGUUCAUCAGCAUCAGUCGAUGAUACUACCACCCAUUUGAUCACGGACGAAGACGAGAGCAAUUCUCUCAUUUGUCCAUUAACUGGCAAGGUUCUACAAGCUGUAACACGUCAUCUGAAAGUCAUUUCCUAUCGAUGGCUAACAGCAUGUUUAAGUGAACAACAUUAUGUUGAUGAAAUUCCAACAUAUGAAAUUACCGGUGAUGCGAUUCACAACCAACAUUAUGGAAUGCGGCGAUCUCGAUUAAACUAUUCCAAUGAACAUCCUUUGUUAGACAAUUAUGCAUUGCAUUUAAAGUGUCAUGGUUGUCAACCAUUUCCGGAUAAUCGACCGUUGAUUGAAUUGAUUCAUCUAUCUGGUGGUCUCGUAUUAAAAACAUUGAAUCAACAUAUCGAUACUAUCGGAAAACAAAUUCUAAUCUUAUGUUCAAAAACUUAUCUUCAGAAUAAACCAGCGUUACAGCAAGCUUGUCAACAAUUGAAUAUUAUCUGCAUUGAACCGGAAUGGCUAAUUGCUAGUAUUGUUCAAUAUCAAAUUCAACCUUUUGAACCGUGGCUUUGUACGUUAUAUUUCUGA